GCUGUUGCCAAAGUGCAGCCCCAGCAGAAUGAAGAAGCCAGAACGAAACACGUCCCCUUGCCAGGGCGAGGUGCUUGGUGGCAACCCUUGGCGCACGGGUGGCAACGCAACCGCUCACCCCACAUCUCUCCGUCUCUCUCUAACAGUUUCGGCCAUUUCUUCGAAACUCCACGAGGUGCACCCGGAAUGGAACCAGAACUUUUCUAGCAGGGACUCUCUGUUGUUUCCCUGCGGCCCCAACUCCAGGGAAUGGGAAUACUUUGAUGGAAAAUGUUACUACUUCUCCCUGACCCGAACGAGCUGGCACAAGGCGAAGGCUUGGUGCGAAGAGAUGCACUCGCAGUUGGCCGUCAUCAACAGCUUCGCCAAGCAGAAUUUUAUCAUGUUCAGGACGAGGAACGAGCGUUUCUGGAUCGGGCUGACGGACGAGAAUUCCGAAGGGGAAUGGAGAUGGAUUGACGGGACCGACUAUAAAUCCACGUUCACCUUUUGGAAAGAGGGAGAACCCAAUGACAGCGGCAGGAACGAGGAUUGUGCCCACGUCUGGUUGUCCGGGAAGUGGAACGACGUCUACUGCACCUACGAGUGCUACUACGUCUGCGAGAAACCUCUGCCCAACUGA